AUGGCUUCGGCCUUUGUGAUCCCCGAUGAGGGUAACCUUGCGGAGAUAAUAUCCGAGACUCCAGCUGCCAAUGACCAUUUGUCCAAGUCAGAUGUUGAGAUGGGCCAGUUGGACAUCUCUCCGGAUGAACAUAGAGGCUGGGAAAGACACAGAGACUGGCAUGAUGAUGAUGAAUAUCCACCGCACGGCGAUUGGCCCGGAUACAACGAAGAUCCGCACGGGAGAUGGCCCGGUGGUGAUCAUCCCAGACGUGGGGGAUGGCCCGACGACGACGAACCCCCUGGACAUGGAAGAAGGCCCGAACACGGCGGAUGGCCUGGACACCGUGAUGACGAAGACAGACCAUAUCCUCCACACCCCCGACACGGAGACUGCAGAGACGACCACGACAGAUACCGACACCAUCCAAUCCACCGACCAAUCGACGCCUGUCCAGGCUCGCUCUGCCACGCAGACAAAACAACAUGGGAACUCAUCAAAGAAAGCGAGCAUACAUACCUCCUCGCCGAACUUCUCACCGAUGAUAAGGACCUAAUCGAGAUCCUUAACAGCACGACGGCAAAUCACACCUUCUUCGCGCUAACAAACCAAGCCCUAGAGGGACUUCCACUGCGAUAUGGUCCCAGUCCCAAGUUCCUGUCCCGCUUGCUGCGAUACCACAUCCUACCUGGUCGAUUUUCCAUCGAGCAUAUCGCGAGCCACGGGACACUGCCCACGAAACUGACCGAGCCAGCUCUGGAAUCGGGUUUGCCACAGAGGAUUGUUGUUCGAGAGCACCACAACGGAGUGAUCUUGAACCGGAGAAGUAGGGUAGUUGGGGCUGAUAUGAAAACCAAAAACGGCAUGAUCCACAUAUUAUCCAGUCCCUUGCACCCACCCCCAGAGACACGCACCCUGCUGCACCAAGCACCGGCCGAUUUUAGCACCUUCACGCUGGCGCUAGCACGCACAAAACUCGCUUCCAAACUUGACCCUGCGCAGAGACAGGGCGGUACAACCUUCGCUCCUACGAAUGCUGCGUUUAGACAGCUCGGGGAGCGUGCUAAUCGAUUUCUUUUCUCGCGACAAGGUGAGGGGUGUUUGCGUGCGCUGAUGCAGUAUCAUAUUGUGCCAAAUCGAACGCUAUACUCAGAUGUCUUGUAUAGUAGUAAUGGGGAGGCUCAUCGGUUGUUUUCUGGGCAUGGUGGUAGGAGUGGAGAUGAGGGUAAGGGCGAGGGUGAGCGGCUAGAGGAAGAGUCUGCGAAUGUGUGGCUUGGGACUCUGUUGAAGGACUGGGACUUGAAGGUUGAUAUUAAGAGGGAGUUUGGGAAGGUUGACAUGCGGGUUAAUGGGUUUGGUAGGGUUAGACUGAUGAAUCUGUUGGCGAGGGAUGGGGUGGUGCAUGUUUUGGACCGGGUGUUGGUUCCGCCAAAGAGGAUCCAGGACAAAGACGAAGGUGAAGGCGAGGAAGAACUGAUGAUUGAAGAACUUGUGGAGAGAUUAAAGGGUUGUGGAAAUGGGAUGACUCGUGGUGAACUGUGA